UUAAGGCCAGCUGGGUUGUGAACUGGCUCACUCACCUCUCCCUCUCUUUCUUCUUCCACCACCUGUCUCUCUAACUCUGGUUUCCCAUUUUAGAUGAACAGUCAUAGACUUAGAGAGUCUUUCACAGCUAUGCUUAGUUGAUUGGGCAAUGAUGUAAAGAGAGAUAAUUGGGUUGUUUUGCCUUGUUAAAAACUCUUUCUUGCUUGUUGGGUUUUGUGGGUUGGGGUUGUGUUGUGUUGGGGUCUUUUUAAUUAGCUUUGAUGGGUACUGAGGGGGAAGAAGUAGUACUGAAAGAGAAGAAAGAUAGGGCAGAGUAUAGAGCAAAUGGGUUGUUGUGCAAUACUUGUAUACAUCAGUGUACUACAAGUUGGUCUUGUUACAGAUAUGGGAGUAUUUAUGCUUCUUCCAUUGCUUGCUUUAAGUAAAACAUCUUGCUCUCAACACUGAUUUGAGCUAGUGCUAAAGAUCCACCACUAAAAUUUGAAAAAGUGAACAAGAAAGGGGAUUGCUUGAUCUAGUAAGAUCUCUGAUAAAAAAAAGAAGUUUCUCAGUAGUAGUCAUCAUGAAGAGGCUUGGCAGCUCAGAUUCUUUGGGUGCUUUGAUUUCCAUCUGCCCAACAACAACAGAUGAACACAGUCCAAGAAACAACCAUGUGUACAGCAGAGACUUCCAGUCCAUGCUGGACGGCUUAGACGAAGAAGGGUGCGUGGAAGAGUCCGGCCAUGUCGCCGAGAAGAAGCGCCGGCUAAGCGUUGAGCAAGUGAAGGCCUUGGAGAAGAAUUUCGAGGUGGAGAACAAGCUUGAGCCUGAGAGAAAAGUGAAGCUUGCCCAAGAGCUUGGUCUUCAACCAAGACAAGUUGCCGUGUGGUUCCAGAACCGCCGAGCUCGUUGGAAAACCAAGCAAUUGGAACGCGAUUACGGCGUUCUCAAGGCCAACUAUGACUCUCUCAAGAUCAGCUUUGAUUCUCUCCAACAUGACAAUCAAGCCCUUCAUAAAGAGAUAAAGGAAUUGAAAGCGAAGUUCCAAGAAGAGAACACAGAGAGCAACCACUCAGUGAAAGAGGAGCAAAUGGCUCUGGCAAACGAGUCUAGUUACAAAAUGGUAAUCGAGCAGAGCAAGCCACAAUCUCCUGAAACCUCACCGCCAGUUUCAGGGUCCAAAGAGCUAAACUUUGAGAGCUUCAACAAUACCAACUCCAAUGGAGCAGUGGGAGUAGAAGUGUCAUUGUUCCCGGACUUCAAAGACGGCUCAUCAGACAGUGACUCAAGCGCAAUCCUAAACGAGGAUCAGAACAGUCCCAAUGGGACUAUAAACCAGCACCACCAGCUCAUGCCGGCCUCCAAUUCACUAAAAUUCAACUGCUCUGCCUCAUCGUCCUCACCUUCCUCGUCGUCAAUGAAUUGCUUUCAGUUCCAGAAGAGUAGCUAUCAGCCUCAGUUUGUGAAGAUAGAGGAGCACAAUUUCUUUAGUAGUGAAGAGGCUUGUAACUUCUUCUCAGAUGAGCAAGCUCCCUCACUUCAGUGGUACUGCCCAGAUCAAUGGAACUAAUUCAAAUUACAAAAUCUACCUACACCCUCCCUCCAAUAAAAAAUUGGUAUCCGAGUGAGAACCUCCAAGAAUUUUGUAAAAUAGGGAAGUGGGGUUGUGUACAAAUGGCCUACUUUGAUCUCCAUUGUAAGAGAAGAAGGGAAUGUAGUUGAAUGGAGCAGAGGGAACUGAAGCAGCAGAGAGAGGGAGGGAGAGAAUAAGAGUGAAGGGUUCACGUGGUGAUGGGAGGAAGGUGAUGAUGGAGUAAGUCUAAGGUAAGUCUACGAAGCCGUGCGGGGGUCUGAAUGAUUGGGUCGUAAUUGAAAUCUCAGCUGUAAAAAAAGAAAGAAAUCUCGGGAACCUCAAGGAGAGGAGGAAGGAGGUAGAAUUCAUGUAAUCGAGAAAAUAAUCAUUGUGCCUCACUUUUUCCUUCCAUCCAUGCUUUGCUUUCUUUCGAUUCAAAAGUUGAUGGACAAUUUAUUUCUUUUGCCAUGGUCUUGCCAU